AUGGACGAAACCGGCCUCUCGGGAAAGCAAAAAAUUACUUUAUUGUCGGCUUGGAGCCUUAUUAAGCAGGACUUGGAUCUUCACUGUCGAAACAUUUUAUUGCUCUUCUUCAAAGAGCAUCCGCACUUUCUGCCGUACUUCGAUUUCAGCACCGAUUCCAGCACGGCAAAUCUGUCGGAAAAUCAAGCACUAUUCGCCCACUCUAUGAAUGUCAUCAACGGUCUGGGAUCAUUGAUCGAAUAUGGGCUUGGCUGUCCGAAAAUGUUUCUAUGUUUACUCACGAAGAUGGCUAAAAACCACAAGGCUCGAUCCGUCACCGGGGAGGAUAUAAAGUUGUUCGGUAAAGUCAUCAUGAACUAUUUCAUGGAUGUUCUAGAACGACAAGCCGCCAGCAGUCUACCGGAAGCUUUCGAAGUGUUUUUUGAAAAGAUAGCAGAAGCGUUUGAUGAUCCGUUAGAUCCUGCAAUCGAUACCACAGAUUGA